AUGGGCCGAAAAGUACAAAGAUCAUUUACACAACUAAUCUUCUUUCUCUGCAUUCUCUUUUUCAUCUUAUACCUAAACCGCCCGCAAUCAGCCAAAGACAAACUCUUUGCCUGGACCAAAAUUCGCUACAAAACAACUUCAUCCAUCAUCCCGGAAGCCCGCGGAAUAUGCCCCGGCCUAGCAGAAACAACCAAACCAGCCCUAAUAGUCUCACAUGUCUCCACGGAUGGCGACCCAUCCUGGCUGGAACCCCUUCGCACCCAGUACCAUGUAUGCAUGUACCAAGUGGACGCGCCAGCAGACAAAACCUCCAAACUGCUCCAAGUCCCCGCAAACCGCGGACAUGAAGCAAUGGCCUACUUAACCUUCCUAAUCGACAACUACGCGGACAUACCAUCCGCCGGCGCCGUCUUUGUGCACGGCAGCCGUUGGGCUUGGCACAACGACAUCCCAGAUUACGACAACGCAGCGCUCCUACGCAGCCUGGACGUUCGCGCAGCGCUGAAGCCAGCCGGGUACAGCAACCUGCGCUGCGACUGGAGUGCCGGUACGUGUCCUUCUUCCGUGCCAGCGCAGGGCAGUCUCGAAAUGAGACUGUCAAGCGUCGUGUCGCCGUGGAGUCCGCGCUCGGCAUCAGAUAUAGCCCUGCCGAAGGCGCUUGGCCAUAUAUUUGGCGGGGAUGCUGAAGCACGUGUCGAAGAGAUUCGCAAUGCUUUUCAUCUUCGUCUUGGUCGGAAUGAUGCCGUGCGCGCGCAGUGCUGUGCGCAGUUUGUUGUUUCCCGCGACCGGAUCUGGCAGCAUGGUCGGGAUGAGUAUAUCGCGCUUCGGCAGUGGCUGCUUGAUGGGAGUGAUGAUGGGGUUGCGCGGAAUUUUCAGCGGGGAUCUAUGGCUGCGCCUGGUGAUGACCGUGUGGCUGGUCGGAUUGUUUCGUAUCUCUGGCAUAUUCUUUUUGCGAACUAUGGGGAUAAUGGAGGUAUUGACCUUGACCAGUUGAAUCGCGAUGCUUGUCCUAGUGCUUCUGAGUGCUAUUGUCGGUUGUAUGGUAAGUGUGAUUUGAAGUGUCGGGGUCCGGGGAGCUGUAAAGGGCAGUAUUCUGUGCCGAAGAACUACAAGCUCCCUGAGGAUUGGGAGAAGACGCAUUCAUGA